AUCUCCACAAACCAUUCCUCACGGCAGCACAUCCUUCUCUUCCCUAGUAGAUUACGCGUCUCCGGCGGCCGGCCGUAGCGACCGUCAGUCGGUUAGUUAGUCGGGUUAUCGUUACGGUCCGUACGAGUACGUACAUGAAUUAAUCCAGGAGACAAAUACAUAAAUCCAAACCCAAUUCCAUUCACAAAUUUGCCUUAUUUUCUUUUUGUUAAUUAGCUGCCUGCAACAAUUACUUUAUUUAAUUACUGUGAUUGCUGCAGCAAUUAUUUAAUUAAGAAUUUAAGAAAUUAAGUAAUUAAGUUUUCCGAGUUAAUUACAAAUCAUGCCACGGCCGUUCGGCUCCUCCUUCCAGCUGCUGGAGAUCAACCUGAUCUCGGCGCAGGACCUGACGCCGGCGUCGAAGGCGAUGCGGACGUUCGCCGUCGCGUGGGUCAACCCCAAGCGGAAGCUGACGACGCGUUUCGACCAGACCGGCCACACCAACCCGACGUGGAACGAGAAGUUCGUCUUCCGAGUUGACGACGACUUCCUCCGCCACGACACGUCGAAGAUCAUGAUCGAGAUCUACGCCUCCGCAUGGCUCCGAGACGUCCUGAUCGGAACCGCCGCCGUGGUGGUGAACAAUUUGCAGAACAAGUCCAAGAUGCGGUUCAUGGCGAUCCAGCUCCGCCGCCCAUCCGGCCGCCCGCAGGGGAUUCUGAACAUCGGGCUCGGCCUCCUCGACAGCACAAUGCGGAGCAUGCCGCUCUACAGCGAGCUCAGCUCCUCCGCCGUCGGGUACUGGGAUCUGAUGGAGGGAAAAACCGGUAACCAGAAGAGCAGCGGCCUCAACUCCAAGGAUCAAGACAAAUUCGUCAUCUUCCAACGAUCUCAGAGCGAUCGGACCGGCAGCGAUUCUGGAUUCUCGAAAUCCAGGCCCGCAUCCUCCAUCUGCGAUGGCGUCACAAAAAUCAGGCCGUCGAACUCCACCUGCAAUGCCGCCGCCUACAAGCCCAAAACUCAAGCCUCCUUUUGCAAUAGCUCGAUCGUGAACGGAUCUGAGCUCAGCACAGGGCAAAAGAAAGGUAACGUGAACGGGUCCCUCUGCUCUGACGUCGGUCCUUCGCCCUCUGUGGUUGCGGCCGCAAUCGCCAAGGGAAUCUACCCGUUGCCGUACACAGGAGCCCGCGCGCCGUCGCCCGAUGAUGCCGGGAGCUCGUUGCUGGACGAGUGGGCGGACCAGGACAGCGUGGAAGGGUUAAAGACCAAGAUAGAACGGUGGCGGACGGAGCUGCCGCCGGUGUACGACUGCGCCAAGAACAACGCAAAGAGUUCCCAUAUUCAGAAGCCACUCCAAUCGUCCCACCGCCGUCCCAGCAGUCAGAAGACGCGGCGGAGCCGCAGCAGUGGCAAAGGAUUGUUCUCCUGCUUCGCGUUGGGUUGCGAGAUUUCGAUCUCUUGCGGGAGCAAACCGAAGAUUAACAAGAAGAGCGGGAAAGUGCACCUCAGCCCGUCCGAUUUAACUUUCGACGACGACUCGUACAUACGGUAGGUCAACGUUACAAAACGCCACCGUUUCACGUUUUCCAAAUUUCUUGGGGGGGGUUGAUGAGGUAAAAAACGACACUGGUUUUAUUGGAUCUCCUUUUUAAAAUGAAAUUAAGAUUUGUAGUUAUUUUGGAGUUGAUGAAUUGGAAGAACAUUGGGUCGUUUGGAUGGAGAAAAUUAUUGUUGGUGCGUUUUAGAAUUAGAGAGGAAUAGAGGGUGUGAUGUGAAAAACAAACAAACAACCGUCCUCCUUUUCAAUUUUUAUUUUUUUUUCAACUUUUACGUUUGUGAUUGGGGAGAUUGAAUAGGAUUCUUUUCAAUUUCAACUACUGAAUUGUAAAUGUUUAUUUUUAUGGAUUUCAACAAUGUAACUAUUUUUUUUCAA